AAAAAAGAGCUGCAGUUUUGCCGAUACGGACAUUGCAUAUCCCCGAUUUUCUUAUUCCCUUGAUCUCUAUUGCAAAGAGGUGGAACUGGAACUACCUUUACCAAUUGACCGUGAUUCUCAACAUCUAUUGCCCCAUUGUCGGCUUUUAGAGCGUCAACGCGCAUAACUAUCAGCUCAUCAUGUCUUCAACAUUAGAAACCAUUAACCUGCCCCAUCUCCCUUCUUCUCUGCCUGUGCAUGUAGCUCUCUACCGAGACAUUCAGAAUGCCCCAUUUCUUCGACAGCAGCUCAUCUCCGGGAACUCGGACUUCGAAUAUGCGUUCAUUGAUGCAAGCAUGGUUCUCUCGAAAGCGCACGUUUCGUCCGCAAUUUUCAGGGCAGUAAAUGACUAUCUCAAUGAGCGUCUCAAGUCGCGUAAUGUCCACUCGGAGAUUGUGUUCUCUUUUAGUCCCACGAACAAUAUUGCUGACUCCUUCCGGAAAUUCGGUAUCAGCGACUCAACGAAAGAUUUGUUAGUGGUAAAGGUGUCUAUAACACCGGAAAUUACCCAUGACUCAGUAGCGACACAUCUGGCACAAUCCGUCGAAGGCUCACCUGUGCCCUUCAAUGACGAGACUCUGUCUGAGAUCGCAGAUGUUGCAAAAAUCAAGAAGGCCUACAAAUUGGGAGCCCUGCCUUCUGCCCCUGCGGGUCAAGUGAACGGUGCUGGAAACAGUGAUAGCAUGCGACUCGAAAAUUCCAUUAUCGGUGCGAUUGCCCUGCGAGGGGCGACUUGAUUGCUUGAUGGUCUUUAACUUCCCACGUCGACCUGGAGUCCAUAUAAGUGACCUCAGGUCGAACGACUUCCAAUACAAUAGGCUCCAUCUCGCCUGGUUGACUUCUUUCGACGAGACUCUAUGGGCAAUGGUGCCGAACGCAGGCGGCCAAGCGAGGUUAGUGGAUGAGUACUCCACUACAACACAAGUUUUGGCUCUCGCUCCCUUGACACAGGCGCGAAUGGCGCUAUGCCUCUGAGCAACAUUCGUGUUCAAAUAUUAUAUUAUCAGUGACUGAAUGAUAUGUCGCCUCGGAACGCCUAUUCACGAUAUAUACUACACAACACUGAAAGAGCUGAUCUCCCAAUACUGAGACUUGUA